GCCUGUUUUCGGAGUCGGGUACCCUCAAAUUUUGGGUAGGGAUGGAAUAUUUUAGAGAAACACUGUUCGACUGAUUGUAAUCAAUUUUGAUUAAUUUAACCCAUAUUAUUCGGGUUCGAUCCGUUUUGAGCAAUUUACGUUGGAUCCGAUCGAAUUGUAAUUGUCGAAUGUGAUUGUAGGGCGAAUUCAUCAAUUAGGGAGCAUUUCUAAGGCUUUAGCGGUGUUGAUCGGGAAUUAUUCAAUGGAAGCCAAAGCGGAGGGGAACAAGUAUAGCAUAAUCGUUCCCACUUUCAACGAGCGCCUCAACAUCGCUCUGAUUGUUUACCUCAUCUUCAAGCAUCUCCCGAAUGUAAAUUUUGAGAUCAUAGUGGUGGAUGAUGGGAGUCCUGAUGGAACUCAGGAAAUUGUCAAACAGCUGCAGGAAGUAUAUGGAGAAGAUCGUAUCUUGUUGAGACCUAGACCAAAUAAGCUUGGCUUAGGGACGGCCUACGUUCACGGUUUGAAACACGUAACUGGAAAUUUUGUUGUCAUAAUGGAUGCAGACUUAUCACACCAUCCAAAAUACCUUCCAAGCUUUAUCAAGAAACAAAUGGAGACAAGUGCGAGCAUAGUUACUGGGACUCGGUAUGUAAAAGGUGGUGGGGUUCAUGGCUGGAACCUGAUGCACAAAUUGACGAGCAGAGGAGCCAAUGUCCUUGCACAAACAUUUCUAUGGCCAGGUGUAUCCGACCUGACCGGAUCAUUCAGGCUUUACAAAAAAUUUGUGCUUGAAGAUGUUAUAAACUCCUGUGUGAGUAAGGGGUAUGUUUUUCAGAUGGAGAUGAUAGUUAGAGCUUCAAGAAAGGGUUAUCACAUUGAAGAGGUCCCAAUCACAUUUGUCGACAGAGUAUAUGGAAGCUUAAAACUCGGGGGAUCGGAAAUAGUGGAGUAUCUCAAGGGGCUUUUAUACCUUCUUGUCACAACUUGAAGAGAAUGAAAAGUGGAGCAUUUUGCAGAGUUUUCUAACCUGCCAAUUUUGAAGCAACAAACAUAUCAGUUCUUUGCGCCUAUUGUACCACUAACUCAAUUUUGAUGCGACUGUAAACUAAAUUUUUAGAUUAGAAAUUAUAGUUGAUGCGACAGUAACCUGAUAAUAUGAUAAAAAAAAAAGAAUAUAUUUAUACAAGGUGUUUUGAAAUUA